AUCACUUCUAUAAUAUUCUUCCACCAAAAUGCCAUAUAAAUCCAGCAUCAACAGCAAUUCAGCACCAGGCACGGUGCUCAGUAUAAAAUAAAUCAUUUUUCAGUUGCUGGUCCAAAAAUCACACACCUCGAGAUUCUGCCACGUGGCAGAUCUAAUCCACGUGUACACGCUCCUCGCUUUAGCUUUAAAACGUUCAAGACCUUCUUCUUAUGCAACAGUACAUUGAUGCUCCACUAAACCAAACGCCGAAAGAUUACCACUAACUUUUUAACGGUAACCAACACAAUUAUUAUCGCUCACUCUCUCUGUCUCUGAAAAUUCUUCAUCAAUGGCGGAAAAUUCCGGCAGGAAGCUUAUCGUGGAGGUUUGCAGCGCCAAGAAUUUGAUGCCGAAAGAUGGCCAAGGAACCGCAAGUGCUUAUGCCGUUGUGGAUUUCGAUGGCCAGAGAAGAAGAACGACUACCAAAUCCAGAGAUCUCAACCCUCAAUGGGACGAGAAGCUCGAGUUUAUUGUUCAUGAUAAAGAUUCAAUGGCUUCAGAGACGUUAGAGGUCAAUCUCUAUAACGAUAAGAAGCUGGGGAAGCGAAGCACUUUUCUCGGAAAAGUGAAAAUCUCAGGAAGCAGUGUUGUGAAGUCUGGUACAGAAGAGAUUGUGUACUAUCCGUUGGAGAAGAGAAGCGUGUUCUCUCAGAUCAAAGGAGAGUUAGGACUCAAAGUCUCUUACGUUGACGAUGAUCCACCGCCGCCGCCGUCAGCGGAGGCCGAUGGCGAGCUGAAGGCAGAGACCGCACCUCCGCCUGCGGCGGAGAGCGCAAAAGAAGAAGAGGAGAAAGAAGAAAAAUCAGAAGAGAAUAAGCAGGACGAGGAGAAGAAGGAAGAAGAACAAAGCAAACCUCCUGAAGAAGAACAGGAAAAGGCGAAAGCUCCACCGGAUAAUCCAAAGCCAAAGGAGGAGGCUCCGGCAGAGGCGGCACCACCACAACCGGAGGCAGAAGUGCAGAAUCUGGCAAAACCACAAAAGGAGAAGCUUAUUGAGAUAAUAAAGCGAGCUGAGAAUAAUCAUCUGAGCGUGAACGAUCACGAACUACGGUCUUUGAGCAGCGAUCGUAGUCGCAGCACUUACGAUCUUGUGGAUCGCAUUCCAUUCCUCUACGUUCGCGUGGUGAAGGCAAAGCGAGCAAACAGCAGUGAAAGCGGUUCAAAGGUUUAUGCGAAGCUCGUGAUCGGAACACACAGUGUGAAGACCAAGAGUGAAAGUGAAGACAAAGACUGGGAUCAGGUUUUUGCUUUUGAUAAAGAAGGACUCAAUUCCACGUCGUUGGAGGUUUCAGUGUGGUGCGAGGAAAAGAAAGAAGGUGAAGAGAUCACCGAGAAUUCACUCGGAACGGUGUCGUUUGAUUUGCAAGAAGUGCCUAAGCGUGUGCCGCCGGACAGUCCUUUGGCUCCCCAAUGGUACACUCUGGAAUCUGAUACGUCGCCAGGAAAUGACGUCAUGCUGGCCGUGUGGAUCGGGACGCAGGCUGACGAAGCGUUUCAAGAGGCGUGGCAGUCUGAUUCCGGCGGUUUAAUACCGGAGACUAGAGCUAAAGUGUAUCUUUCCCCAAAGCUUUGGUAUCUGAGAGUAACGGUCAUCCAGACGCAGGACUUGCAGCUAGGUUCGGGAUCCGAGCCUAAGCUUAGGAGUCCAGAGCUUUACGUAGUGAAGGGUCAACUCGGCGCACAGGUUUUCAAGACUGGAAGAACAUCGGCUGGCGGCUCAGCAGCGUCAAGCUCGGCUAACCCAACAUGGAAUGAAGACCUUGUAUUUGUUGCAGCUGAGCCGUUUGAGCCUUUCUUGGUUUUAACGGUGGAGGACGUGUCAAACUCCCAAACCGUUGGCCAAGCCAAAAUCCACGUGUCAUCAAUCGAACGGCGGACAGAUGUUGGAGCGGAGCCAAAGUCAAGAUGGUUCAAUUUAUCUAGUGAUGACGAGUCCCGUCCCUACACGGGAAGGAUUCACGUUCGGGUGUGCCUGGAAGGAGGCUAUCACGUGAUCGACGAAGCAACUCACGUGACUAGCGACGCUCGUGCAUCGGCCAAACAACUAUGCAAGGCUCCAAUUGGUUUGCUUGAGGUGGGAAUUCGCGGCGCCACUAACCUCCUCCCCGUGAAGACCAAGGACGGAACACGUGGCACUACCGAUGCUUUCGCGGUGGCCAAAUAUGGACCCAAGUGGAUCCGAACCCGAACCAUCAUUGACCGGUUUAACCCGCGAUGGAAUGAACAAUACACAUGGGAUGUUUAUGACCCUUGCACAGUCCUCACAAUUGGUGUGUUCGAUAACGGAAGGUACAAGCGUUCUGAAGAGGGGAAGCUGAAUAAAGAUGUUAGGUUGGGGAAAAUUCGCGUGCGUUUGUCCACGUUGGAUACCAACCGGGUUUACGUUCAUUCCUACUCUCUAACCGUUUUGCUGCCAAGUGGAGCCAAGAAGAUGGGAGAGAUAGAAAUUGCAGUUAGAUUUUCAUGCUCGUCGUGGUUGAGUUUAAUGCAGGCCUACACAAGCCCAAUUCUUCCAAGAAUGCAUUAUGUGAAACCAUUCGGCCCAGCCCAACAAGAUAUUCUACGUCACAUGGCUAUGAGGAUCGUGACGGCUCGACUGGCCCGGUCUGAACCGCCCUUGGGUCAUGAGGUGGUUCAGUUCAUGUUAGAUUCAGACACUCACGUGUGGAGCAUGAGACGAAGCAAGGCGAAUUGGUUCAGGGUGAUUAGUUGCAUCUCACGCGCCGCGUCUCUGGCGCGUUGGUUUGACGGGAUCCGAAGGUGGGUGCAUCCUCCCACUACUAUUCUAAUGCACGUGCUUCUUUUGGCAAUAGUCUUCUGCCCUUCUCUCGUUCUACCCACUGCAUUCAUGUAUUGCUUCUUGAUUCUUCUGUUGAGAUUCCGUUACCGGCAGAGGGUCCCACAGAGCAUGGAUCCGAGGGUUUCGUGUGUGGACAUGGUGAGUUUGGACGAGCUGGAUGAGGAGUUUGACGGGUUUCCGACGACGAGGUCCCCGGAGGUGGUGCGGAUCAGGUACGAUAGGGUGCGGGCGCUUGCGGGGAGGGCGCAGACUUUGCUUGGUGACGUGGCAGCUCAGGGAGAGCGAUUGGAAGCUCUGUUCAGUUGGCGGGACCCAAGGGCGACGGCGAUGUUUGCCGUUUUGUGCUUCGUGUUGUCGUUGGUGUUCUACGUGGUGCCGUUUAAAGGUUUUGUUUUGGGAGCUGGUUUCUAUUACUUUCGCCAUCCAAGGUUUCGUGAUGACAUGCCUUCCGUUUCUGCCAACUUUUAUAGAAGACUUCCUUCUCUUUCUGAUCAGAUUAUCUGAUAUAUAGUGGUAUUUUAUUUAUUAAUUGGUUUAUUUAUUUGAAAACAGCAUGAAAUAUCAAUAUAUCAUAGUGUAUUAGCACUGAUAUUGAAUUAUUGAUAAAUAUAAAUAUAGAUUUGAGCUGAA